GUCCAUUUUGCCAGCAAUCGUGAUCCCGCGUAGUCGACGCCGGUGUAAAAACUAUAAUUCCCGUUUACUCUGAGUUCGCGUCGGUGCAUAUAGCGCACGUUGCAAAUUCCCUCGUUGUUUGUGAUUGUUGCUCAAGUUGUUUACAUCUCAGACAACGGCGUUGCAAUUCAAGUGAGAACCCUGGUGCAAAGGCAGUGAAUUGAAAAUAAAGAGGGCCUUUCGUGCAAUCGCGAAGCCAGCGGUGAACAAGCCGGCUUAGUGGAGUACAGUCUAGAACAAGAUGGCGGACCUGCAGGGAACCCCGGUCACUCAAGACGCCCUGUCCGUAGCUCAACUUGAGUUGGCAGGGAAUCAAAAUGCAUUAGCAUUGCGGAGGCCAUUUGACCCGGUGGCACAUGACCUGGACGCAACCUUCCGUCUCACACGAUUUGCGGAUUUAAAAGGAUGAGGGUGUAAAGUCCCUCAGGAGAUUCUUGGUAAACUCCUAGAGGGACUACAGGCAGACGAUGGUAGCGCCCAGGAUCAUGAACAUGCCCACUUUAUGCACAUGGCCAUCCCCCGCAUUGGCAUUGGUAUGGAUUCCUCUGUCACUCCGUUGAGGCACGGUGGGCUGAGUUUGGUCCAGACGACAGAUUUUUUCUACCCUCUAGUCGAUGAUCCUUACAUGAUGGGUAAAAUCGCGUGCGCAAAUGUCAUUAGCGAUUUGUACGCGAUGGGAGUAACGGAAUGCGACAAUAUGCUGAUGCUGUUGGGAGUCAGUACCAAAAUGACGGAAAAAGAAAGAGAUGUUGUAGUUCCACUAAUCAUGAGAGGUUUCAAGGACUCGGCUUUGGAAGCCGGCACGACCGUCACGGGGGGCCAAACUGUUGUUAAUCCAUGGUGCACAAUUGGAGGUGUUGCUUCCACAGUGUGUCAACCCAACGAGUAUAUUGUACCCGACAAUGCAGUGGUUGGGGACGUUCUCGUUUUAACAAAACCUCUGGGAACGCAAGUGGCCGUGAAUGCACAUCAGUGGCUCGAUCAACCAGAUCGUUGGAACCGAAUUAAGUUAGUAGUCAGUGAAGACGAUGUCCGAAAAGCAUACCAGCGGGCAAUGGACAGUAUGGCGAGGUUGAACAGAAUAGCUGCUCGACUGAUGCACAAAUAUAACGCUCAUGGAGCCACUGAUGUCACGGGUUUCGGCCUUCUCGGUCACGCACAAAAUUUGGCGAAACAUCAGAAGAACGAAGUUUCUUUCGUUAUUCACAAUUUGCCAGUUAUUGCAAAAAUGGCAGCUGUUGCGAAAGCCUGUGGAAACAUGUUCCAACUUCUGCAAGGUCACUCGGCAGAAACUAGUGGAGGACUUCUCAUAUGUCUUCCUCGAGAACAGGCGGCAGCAUACUGCAAAGACAUUGAAAAGCAGGAAGGAUAUCAGGCGUGGAUUAUCGGAAUAGUGGAAAAGGGUACUCGUACAGCAAGGAUAAUUGAUAAACCGCGAGUUAUAGAAGUGCCAGCAAAGGAGAAGGAUGGCGAGCUUUGGUAAAAGUCAAGUCUUUUUCCAAGUUGGAUGUAUAAGAUCUUAAAAAAUGAAGAAGAAGAAGAAGAAAAAACAGCGCAGGGAAGGAAAUUUCACAAAAAUCAAUUUAGACGGCGAUCUGCCUAAUCCCGAUUACAUGAUAUUAUGAGCACCCGACAUUUCCUUGCAAUUUCGAGAUGGUACUUUUUUUUUAUUGUAAUGUCAGUUUAAAGCACCGACGAUCACUGGAUGUAAUUGGUGAGAAAAAACGAAUGAAUCACAAUCUACUUCUGAUUUCCCUGUCUAACAAAUGUGACUAAAUGAGGGGGGGGGAGGGGGGAGAGAAAGAAGAGAGAAAAAGUCGACAGAUUUUUUUUUUUUUAGUAUAAUCUUGGUAGAUAUAAGCGUAUGUUUUUAAGAAUAGAAUAAGGUAGCACUAAGCUUAGGGUAAACUGAAAAUGCAUUUCAUCAAACCUGCAAAACCGGAAAUGAAUGCCGAAGGUGGAGAAGAAAAAUAAUAAUUUUAAGAGCGUUGUGAAAAAAUAGAGACAUUCAUGCUACAAAUUUAAAGAGAGCUAUAUUUUAGAAUCUUGUUGAGAGUUUGCUUACUUGUCUUCUGAAUAUUGAACUCUGUCAAAUGAGAUGAGAAAAUGUACUGAUAUUUCGAAUGCAGUUUGCUAAGACACCUUUUUGUAAAGACUUUUUCGAUUUGGUUGAGUUUUGUUAAAUUUUCUUUUCUAUGACAGGAAAAUUAUGCUGUUUCUCGUGUUAUGUGCACGUGUAAUUGAAGAUCUAAAAAAGGCAAAACCCAGGCCCUAAAGUUGUAUUGCUUUUUAAUAAAAAAUAAAGUGCUACUUUGUGAAUAA